AUGGCUCCCGUUCCCAUCCAUGCUUCCUCCCCCAUCAGCACGAACCACCCAGCCAAUGCCUUUGGCACAUCGCCUAGUACUGCAGCAGCACGAUACACCCCCCAAACGCCUGCUGAUGUUGAUGCUGGCUCCACUACUUCAACAAACCCAGAGCCCACGAGGACUGCCCAACCCGGAGCACCCGCGGUCCCUCAACCCACCAAUGCCCUCUCCAGUGUUUACAACAACAGGCUUGAGCCCACGGCUACUAGAGCCGAACCCACGAGUACGAGGAACCAGUAUGAAAGCCCUCCUCCCCCUCAGCCCGGUGCCGUUCCCUCGCCUUACCAUAACACCAAUGGAUCGACUGCCAAAGUGACCAUCCCUCCACCUCCUCGCCCCAUUGAAGCUGUUCAGCAGCAGCAGCAGCAGCAGGAUAAAGAGGACACUCCAUCACUAAUCCGACACGCUCUCCCUUCUCCUACCCCAACUCGGACCUAUCCCACGCAGUCUCUCCCCCUCCACCUCUACACACCUACCAGAUCCGUACCACCAGCAGGAGUCACAUCAACAUAUACAGGACCACAAGACCUUUCACACCCACCCGGAUACAUGCAAGAUACGCGUGCAUCGUUUGACGACAAACCCGUUGAGCUGUGCCGACCACUCGACCGACGUGCGAGUCCAUCGAGCUCGCGUCGUGGAGGCAUCCUUGAUGGAGAGCCGACGUUCGAGAGCAGCAACGACAAUGAAUCGAGCGUUUUGGACACCGCCAUGGCGUGGGCCAAGGCUGCAGGCAAGAGCCUAAGUAAAACGGAGGAACAGGUCUGGAAGAGGGUCAAUGGGGAUGCAUCAUAG